UUUGGGGAGCAAUCCUGUCUCUGUAUUUCUCCCUUCAGCCUCAUCAAGGGUCGUUGUUGGAACUUUCCAUCACUUCUUUCCUUUUUUCUCUCUCUAGCUGUUGCCUACACCGCUCUGCCUAUCAUAGCGAAGUCAGCUGCAGGCUUCCAGAGUGUGGCUGUUCAACUGCGAAAUUUGUCAUAAAGGUGUCAGGCAUUUCUUAGGGACUUGGACUUCCCAAAAACAUAGAGAAAGAAAUCUUUCCCGGAGUGUCCCUUUCAGGCUGUCUUGAGUUGAAGGAGACAGAACUGGAGGACUACAGCAAAACAGCGGAUUAAAAGAUGCCCCAGGGCUGCAGGCCAACCCAGGGGGACACGCUUGGGGUCAGACGGACCGACUUUGCCCGGGUUAUGCUCGAACAAAGUCAAGUUAUUUUCUAUUGAAAGUUCAAGCCCAUCAAGAUUAUGCUGCUCUUCCUUAUCAUUCUGUUGCCAGUAGUUUUUAAAUUUAGUUUUGUUAGUCUCUCAGUACUGCAAGGCUGGGGCUGUUCUGAAGGCUCUUCCUCAGGAAAGGGGAAUUCUACUUGUGUGGGUCCUGAACCCUUCUUAAUUUUCUCCCAUGGAGGCAGUAUCUUUAGGAUUGACCUGGACGGAACUAAUUAUGAGCAGUUGGUGGCUGAUGCUGGUGUAUCAGUGAUCAUGGAUUUUCAUUACUAUAAGGAAAGACUCUAUUGGGUAGAUCUAGAACGGCAACUUUUGCAAAGAGUUUUUCUGAAUGGGACAAGGCAAGAGACAGUAUGCAAUAUAGAGAAAAAUGUUUCAGGAAUGGCAAUAAAUUGGAUAAAUGAAGAACUUAUUUGGUCAAAUCGACAGGAAGGAAUCAUUACAGUAACAGACAUGAAAGGAAACAAUUCCCGUGUUCUCUUAAGCGCCUUAAAAUAUCCUGCAAAUGUAGCAAUUGAUCCAGUAGAAAGGUUUAUAUUUUGGUCUUCAGAGGUGGCUGGCAGCCUCCACAGAGCAGAUCUCAAUGGUGUGGAAGUGAAGAUUCUGUUAGAGACGUCAGAAAGAAUAACCGCUGUGUCACUGGAUGUGCUUGAUAAACGGCUUUUUUGGAUUCAGAACAAUAGAGAUGGAAGCAAUUCUUAUAUUUGUUCCUGUAAUUAUGAUGGAGGUUCUGUACAUUUUAACAAACACCUUACGCAGCACAGUUUGUUUGCAAUGUCCCUUUUUGGUGAUCGUAUCUUCUAUUCAACAUGGAAAAAGAAGACAAUUUGGAUAGCUAACAAACACACUGGGAAGGAUAUGGUUAGAAUCAACCUCAAUCCAUCGUUUGUACCACCUGGUGGAAUCAAAGUAGUGCAUCCACUUUUACAGCCCAAGGCAGAGAGUGAUGCUUGGGCACCUGGUCAGAAACUCUGCAAGCUGAGGAAAGGUAACUGCACAGGCAGCGUGUGUGAGCAAGACUCUAAGUUCCAUUUGUGCACGUGCGCGGAGGGGUAUACUUUAAGCCCAGAUGGAAAGCACUGUGAAGAUGUCAAUGAAUGUGCCUUUUGGAAUCAUGGGUGUACUCUUGGGUGUGAAAACAUUCCUGGAUCUUAUUAUUGCACAUGCCCUGUAGGAUUUAUUCUGCUUCCUGAUGGGAAACGGUGUCAUCAAUUAAUUUCCUGUCCAAGCAAUACAUCUAAAUGUAGCCAUGACUGUGUUCUGACAUCAGAUGGUCCCAUAUGUUUCUGUCCUGAAGGCUCAGUGCUUGAGACAGAUGGAAAAACAUGCAGUGGCUGUUCAUCACCCGAUAAUGGUGGAUGUAGCCAACUCUGCCUCCCUCUUAGCCCAGUAUCCUGGGAAUGUGGUUGCUUUCCUGGGUAUGACCUACAACUGGACAAAAAAAGUUGUGCAGCAUCAGGACCACAGCCAUUUUUGCUGUUUGCCAAUUCUCAAGAUAUUCGACAUGUGCGUUUUGAUGGAACAGAUUAUGGAUCCCUGCUCAGCCAGCAAAUGGGAAUGGUUUUUGCCCUUGAUCACGACCCUGUGGAAAAUAAGAUAUAUUUUGCCCAUACAGCCCUGAAGUGGAUAGAGAGAGCUAAUAUGGAUGGUUCUCAGCGAGAAAGGCUUAUUGAGGAAGCAGUAGAUGUGCCAGAAGGUCUUGCCAUAGACUGGAUUGACCGUAAAUUCUACUGGACAGACAGAGGGAAAUCUCUCAUUGAAGGGAGUGAUUUAAAUGGAAAGCAUCGUGAAAUAAUCAUCAAGGAGGAGGUCUCUCAGCCACGAGGAAUUGCUGUCCAUCCAAUGGCCAAGCGAUUAUUCUGGACUGAUAUGGGGAUUAAUCCACGAAUUGAAAGUUCUUCCCUUCAAGGCAUUGGCCGACGGGUUAUAGCUAGUUCUGAUCUGGUCUGGCCCAGUGGAAUAACGAUUGAUUACUUAACUGACAAAUUGUAUUGGUGUGAUGCCAAGCAGUCUGUGAUCGAAAUGGCCAAUCUGGAUGGUUCAAAACGCCAAAGACUUGCCCAGAACGAUGUAGGUCACCCUUUUGCUAUAGCUGUGUUUGAGGAUCACGUGUGGUUCUCUGAUUGGACUAUGCCAUCGGUAAUAAGGGUGAACAAGAGGACUGGCAAAAAUAGGGUACGUCUCCGAGGCAGCAUGCUGAAGCCUUCAUCACUGGUUGUAGUUCAUCCAUUGGCAAAACCAGGAUCAGAUCCCUGCUUACACCAAAAUGGAGGCUGUGAACAUAUUUGCAAAGAGAGGUUUGGAUCUGCUCAGUGUUUGUGUCGUGAAGGUUUUGUGAAAGCCCCAGAUGGGAAAAUGUGUCUGGCCCUCAAUGGCCAUCAGAUACCACCGGCAGUAGGUAGUGAAGCAGAUCUAAGUAACCAAGUAACGCCACUGGAUGUCUUAUCCAGGAAUAGAGGAUCUGAAGAUAACAGUACAGGAUCUCAGCAUAUGCUAGUGGCUGAGAUCAUGGUGUCAGAUAAUGACGACUGUGGUCCUAUAAGAUGUGGUACAUGGGCUCAGUGUGUUUCAGAAGGAGAAAAUGCCACAUGUCAGUGUUUGAAAGGAUUUACUGGCGAUGGAAAACUAUGUUCUGAUAUAAAUGAGUGUGGAACAAGCACCACCGUUUGCCCUCCCACCUCCUCCAAGUGCAUCAACACUGAAGGCGGCUACGUUUGCCAGUGCUCAGAAGGCUACCGGGGAGAUGGGAUUCACUGUCUUGAUAUUGAUGAGUGCCAGUUGGGCAUACACACCUGUGGGGAAAAUGCCACCUGUACCAAUACGGAGGGAAACUACACCUGCAUGUGUGCCGGCACCCUGUCUGAACCUGGACAGAUAUGUCCUGACUCUACUCCUCCUUCUGUUCUCAUGGAGGAUGGCCGCUAUUCUGUGAGAAACAGUUACCAGGAAUGCCCCCCAUCCUAUGACGGGUACUGCCUCUAUAACGGUGUGUGUAUGUAUAUUGAAGCAGUGGAGAGAUACGCAUGCAACUGUGUUUUUGGCUAUGUUGGGGAGCGAUGUCAGCACCGGGACUUGAAAUGGGAACUGCGCCACGCUGGCCAAGGGAGACAGCGGCAAGUCACUGUGGUGGCCGUCUGCGUGGUGGCGCUCCUCUUGCUGCUGCUGCUGGGGCUGUGGGGGGCGCACUGCUACAGAACUAAGAAGCUACCAUCAAAAAAUUUGAAGAAUCCUUAUGAAGAGUCGAGCAGAGAAGUUAGUAGGCCUACAGACAGCGAGGCUGGGAUGGCCUCUUGUCCCCAACCUUGGUUUGUGGUUAUAAAGGAACACCAAAAUCUCAGGAAUGGAAGUCAAUCUAUGGCCCUCAAGGACAGUGAGGCAGCAGAUGUUAGCCAGUUUUCCUCUCGGGAGACAGGGUCAGUGCAACUGCCAUCAUGGAGAAAUGAACCCCAGGUGUACAUGGGCGCAGAGCAAGGCUGCUGCAUUCCACCAUCCAGUGAUAAAGGCUCUGGUCCCCACGGAAUGCAGUGGGGUUUUCAUCUCCCUUCCUGUGAGGCACAGCCCAUUGCUCUGGGGGUUGAGAAGUCACAAUCUCUCUUGUCAGCAAACCCCAUAUUGCAACAAAGGGCCUCAGAUCUACCACACCAAAAGAAGCUGACUCAGUGAACACUGGAAUUGAAAGGAAGGUCAAGAGGUAUAAACUGUAUUGAUAGACAGUAAUAUUUCACUUCAAAAAGUAUAGAGAAAAUACAGAUUUUGGUUUCACAAUCUCUGCCACUAAUCACCUACUCAGCAUCACAACAUAGUUGUGCUUUUGAUUCUUCCUCCAAGCAGUCCGCUGCAGAUUUUCAAGUAAGAGUCACAGUGAGAAUCACUAGGUAACUCAUUAGAAACCAAAGUACAUAGUGCUUUGUACACUGUGUUGUCUUCAAUAGUCAAUGCAGAUAGAUAUUUUUUUUUCUCUGCAGCCCCAGAAGAAAUCUGGGUUAAAGUAGGCAAACACACUGGCUCGGUCAGUUGUAAGGUAAUUCCUUUUAUCUGGACAGAACAUUUGGCUCAAUCUCAUAAAAUGAUUAGAAUAUUAAAAUUACUGGUAUGAUACAUUGUGGGCAUUUAACUUAUCAUUGGUGUGGUCCAUGCUGGUAAUCUCACAGAAUGAAAUUUGAAAACCAAAUCAAAAAAUGUACUAACUGAGAACCUGAUUUCUUCAGAAUUAGUUGGCUUAUGUUUUCUCUUUUAAAAUCUUUGAAUGAAAAUAUUUUAUUUUAAAACAUUAUCCAAGAGACAUUGGUGUUUCUCAAGCAUUGCUAUCCUUUCCCCAUGGAACUUUUUUCAAUGAAAAUGGUAAAUUUUCCCUUCAUGCGUUUGCACAGAAUUUUUACCUUUUUUAAAUAUGAGAUUGUAAGCAAAUUUCCAGAUUUAUUUUCAUUUUGAACAAUCAAUCUCUACUAAUUAUUUAAAUAAAAUCAUUAUAAACAUAAACAUCUUAUUGUAUUCCUGGUUAAGCAAUAAAUUAUAGUCUAAGGGAUAUUAGAGUUGAACCAAAGUGAUUUGCCAAGCUUCCUAUUUUUACACUUCUAAAAAUAAUUUUGAAAUCUAUCAUUGUAACUUUAUAAAGUAAAACUACACAAGGUGUUCUAAUUAAAUCUCAUUCUUGUAGCUAAGACAUUGUUACUACCAUUAUACAACCUGAUACAGUAAGUGUGGACUGUUUAGGCUUUUGGAUUAUUCUGUCAAUGCAUUAGCUAAUCCCUUUGCUUAUCUUUUCUUGUGUUUCUCUUCAACUCCUUAGACUUUGGUUAUACCGGAAGUCAGAAUAAAAAGGAACUGAAGCACAA